CGUCGAUCUCAGGCAUCGAACAAGUAAGAUGGCCGCCACCGAGUCGAGUUUAUCUAGUGAAAAUCCCGCCAAGAAGGAGGAUGAAUUCAACGAAUUUUACACGGAGGUUAAGGAAAUUGAGAAAAGAGAUUCUGUGCUGACACCUAAACAACAAAUUGAUAGAUUAUUGAGACCUGGAUCAUCCUAUUUUAAUUUGAAUCCAUUUGAAGUAUUACAGAUUGAUCCAAGCACAGCAAUAGAUGAAAUCAAAAAGAAAUACCGUCGUAUGUCAAUUUUGGUACAUCCUGACAAAAAUCAGGAUGACGCAGAAAGAGCACAGCAAGCAUUUGAAAUUGUUAAUAAGGCGUGGAAAACUUUGGAAAAUGAAGAAACCAGAUCAAAAUGUAUGGAUGUCAUUGAAGAAGCAAAGGCUCGGACUGAUCACAUGAUUGCAGAAAAAAAGAAAAAGCUGAAAAAAGAAGGAAAAUCGGAAAAUUCGACUCCGACGCUUUUGGAAGAAGAAACUGAGGAAGGUUACAGACACGCAGUCUGGGUUAUGACAAUGAAGUUGUUUGCUGAUAUGGAACGAAGAAGACGAGAAUUGGCCACGAGAGACGCAGAACAGCGUAAGAGAAAACGCGAAGAGGAAUUAUCAGCAGAAGCUCAAGCGGCAUUAGAACGCGAAUGGCAACGAAACUUUGAAGAAUCUAGACAAUCACGUGUUGAUAGCUGGAAAGCGUUUCAAUCCGGCUCCAGUGCCACAAAACAGAAAAAGGCAAAGAAGCUAAAGGCCUUUAGGCCACCAAAAACGAAGGCAGAAUCGCGAUAAUCGCAGCCAUAAUCUUUCCUUCACCUUCGACGUGCGGAUUCUGGUUUUAGUCGACGCGAUAUCUUAUCUUAGAGAUUUUCUCGCAGCGCAUUAAUGUAGAUAGGUUGAGCGAUUCAGCACAACGCGAUAUUAUUCUAGUAAUCGGUCAACGCGCUGGAUCACCUCAACUUGGAACUGAAAGAAAGAUAUUGGACUUUUUGGCCCUUCUUGACUUUAAAUUCAAUGCAAGACAAAAAUUUCUCAAUUUUGACGUCCAUUAUUAUUAUUAUUAACUUAAGUGCCGAAAUUCAAACAUUGAGGUCCUAAGAGAUUCUCAUACUAAUGAUCAAUUUCACUAAUCCAGAAGAACAACUUAAGUUUUUGAUGAAAUUACAUUUCUUUAUUUAAUUGAUAUAAAGAUUAUUGCUGAAACUUUCAAUCAUUUCUAUUUUUACGAAUUUCAACUUAUUGAUAUAAAACGAAUUAAUUUUGAAUAAAUUUAGUGAAAUUGAUUACAAAUCCACUUUCUUGCUUAAAUAAUCGUAAUUUAAUGCCAGAAAGAAGGUUUUAAAUGUGGUACGUUAUUAAUAAAACCAAUAUUAAGAGCAGAUACAUAUUUUUGCGAGAAAGAAAAGAUAUAUAGAGAGGGAAUACAACCUAUUGAAUGAAUAGGAAACGCGUUUCUUUAUAAUCGUAUGCGAGUCGAAAACAAACUUUGUAUGUACGUCGCAGUCUUAUAAUGCAAAAUCGCCCCGUUCGUUUUGAAAACAAUAAAUUACACAUGA